AUGGCCAUUUUUUUAUCCAAUCUCUGUAUCACUAACAACACCAAACCCAUCUUCUCUUUCACCUCAAAACCCAUAAUUUGUGGGGCCAAGAACCUCACUUCCAAACGGAAACUCAUCCUUCAAACUUCUCUCGUCAGCGUUGGCAUUGGCCUAAGUCCUAGAGUCUCAGUUGCGGAAUCGUCAACUCAAGCGUUGCCGUCCAAAUCGCUUCUUUCUGGCAUUGAAAACACGACAUCUUGGUUUCAGUUCUUCGGUGAUGGGUUUGCCAUUCGAGUCCCGCCAGAGUUUAAAGAUAUCAUGGAACCUGAGGAUUUCAAUGCUGGAGAGUCUCUUUAUGGGGACAAGGCAAAAGCAAAAACAUUUUCAGCACGGUUUGCAUCUUCCGAUGGCUCUGAGAUUCUAAGUGUUGUUACUCGUCCAACCAAUCGACUUAAAAUCACCUUCUUACAGGCUCAGAAUAUAAGUGAUUUAGGUUCCCUGAAGGACGCAGCAAAAAUAUUUGUUCCAGGAGGGUCAAAACUUUACUCUGCAAGAUCAAUAAAAAUAAAGGAAGACGAGGAUUUUACGACUUACUAUUUCUAUGAAUUUGGUAAAGAUGAUCAACACGUAGCAAUGAUGACAGGUGUCAGCAAUGGAAAGGCUUUUAUAGCUGGAGCAACUGCACCACAGUCAAAGUGGGACAGGGAUGGUGUAAAACUUCGUUCUGCUGCAAUAUCAUUAAAAAUUCUGUAG